UGAAGGCGCGCUCCCGGGCCGCGUCUCCUUCAGUAGAGGCAGUGGAGCGGCUCACUGUGUAAAGUUGAGCCUCUCCGGCGGCGUCGUGCUGUUUCCGUCUGUCAGUUUUCUCUCUGCUCCAACAUGCGUCUCCUCCUGCAGACAUGGGAUUUAUCUGCGCUGGGUGGAAACUAACCGCCGGCUCUGCUGCUGCUUCUGUCCGCGUCCUGGUCUCCUUCAGACGGGAAAACCCUGCAGCGCGAGUCUGAGCGUUUUUACCGACACCGAGCCGCUUUCCCCUCUUGAAUUCAUUUGUUUCCUGCCUCUUCAUUUAUGGACUACAGAAGCUCCGAGUGAGAGUGUUUGUAAUUUCCGUUCACACCGCUGAAGAUGGAGACAGUGAUGGAGAGGGAGUGCAGCGCGCUGGGGGGGCUUUUCCAGACUGUCAUAGGAGACAUGAAGGGCAGUUACCCUGUCUGGGAUGACUUCAUCAGCAAGGCCAGCAAACUACAAUCACAGCUCAGGACGACAGUUGUCGCAGUAGCAGCCUUCCUCGAUGCCUUUCAGAAGGUGGCCGACCUGGCAACCAACAGCCGAGGUAGGCUUGAAACACGUCUGUCUGUGUUGGUGUGCAUGCACUGUUUUACUGUUGUCCGUCUUUGUGUGGUAACGUGUCAAAAAGCUGCAGCAGAAAUUAAACUUUUGGUGACGAAGCUGAAUAAAUGA